AUGGACAUGGAACCAGCAGUAUGGGCUCCUGGCCUCCGACUCCCAGUUGAGUAUGCGUCUGCUGAGAUAUAUGAUAGCUGCCUUCAAACAUACGUCGCUGCAAGCUCUAGGGUAGAAUAUGGACAGCUGGUUCAGUUUUCAUCAGCCACACCGAAUGAUCCGAUGGAGAAAGCAUCACGAGAAUUUCAGGUUGAUUUCCACAACAUGGAAAUGAACAUCUACAGCAAUCCGAUCCAUGUGUUCGAGAAAGCCGCGCGUGAGUUCAAGUUCGACGUCGACAUGAUGAAGAUGAAGAUGCACCGGUACCCAGCAAGAAUUCGAUCCCUCGGUGAACUCUACACGGCUCCCAUGACGGUGUCGAUCGGCCCAUACCACCACGGCCGCGACCACCUGAAGGCGGCGGAGAAGGUGAAGCACGUGGCUGCCUACCACUGCAUCAUGGAGUCAGGCCGCCCAGCUGAGGAGGUCUACCAGGCAGUCCUCGCCGUCGCUGGCUACGCCCGGAGCCUUUACGACGGGAACGUGGUGGACGGCAUCGGUGACGACGUGUUCCUGCCCAUGAUGUUCUACGACGCUUGCUUCCUGGUGCAGUACAUGCUCACCUGCACCGACGCCGGCCUUGCCCAUAUGGACCCGGCGCUGCGCAGCUUCUUCGACGCCAACGACAACGACGUCUACCACGCCAUCAUGCAGCUCGAGAACCAGCUCCCAUGGCCGGUGGUCAGGGCCGUCAUGAGGUUCAGGCCCGUGCCAUUGAAGGAGCUCGUCGCUUCCCUGCGAGGCUGUCUGCAGGACCGCAAGGACCGGCACGAGAAGCCGUUCGUCAUGGACGACACCUACGAGCCGCCGCACCUCCUCGGCCUCCUCCGGUACUACAUCGUCGGAAGAAGCGACGUCAAGCUGCCAGCCCUACCGGAGACCGAGUCCAUGUCCUUCUCCGUGAGCGCCAUCGAGCUCGCCGAGAUCGGCAUCACGCUGACAGCCAGCAAGACUACUGAGCUCGUCCACAUGGGCGUCAACAAGAAAGGGAACCUCUUUGCUGAGCUCUCCCUAGCGCCGCUGUCGCUGGACGACACGCGCGCCAGCGUGCUCCUCAACAUGGCGGCUCUGGAGCUGUGCGUGACCUCCAGCUUCCACGACGCCGACGACGAGGCGUCGGCCGUCUGCUCGUACCUGCUCCUCCUCGGCAUGCUCGUGGACAGGGAGGAGGAUGUUCACGAGCUGCGGGCAAGGCGCGUCCUACAGGGAAGAGGAGGGCUCACCAAUAGCAAGGCGCUCGGCUUCCUGACCAGCGUCCAGGGACUGCGCCUUGGGUCACGCUACGUCCGCACCAUGGAGGAGAUCGAGGACUACAAGGUGAACAGGAGGACAAGGACCAAACUGCACGCGUUUGUUUACAGGAAUGUGGAAGUCAUCGUCGCGGUCAUCUCCGCCAUUGCUGCGCUUGUCAGUAUCAUCGGCACAAUCAGGUCUCUCAAAUCUCGAUAG